AUGCCUUUGGAUCGAAAGCCGACGCGGUACAGCCGUCUCGGGUCGCAGGACUUCGGGUCAGGAAGGCAGGAUGGAGAUGGCGUGGAGCUGAACGAACUACCGCGGGCGCACUCGAGGACGCUGAGCGACAACUUCGAGGCCAUCUUGGAGCGAAGCGCCAAGGAUGGAAGCGACGACGAGGAGCAGCUGCUGAAGAAGCCGAAGCGGACGGUGCAUCGGCAGCGCACCUUCCGGCAACAGCAUGUUUCGGGCUGGAGGGCGGGCGCCAUCAUCGCUGUCAUCUCGGUCAUGGUCGUGCUCAUCCUCAAUGUAUGCGUAACGUUGUGGGUGACGUUCAGCCCCUUCGAGAAACAAGACGGCAUUGGCACGCUCGUCGAGGGCAAGUGCGACCACGUCAAGGAGGCUAGCCGAUGGAUCCACUUGGUCAUCAACAUCCUCAGCACCGUCCUGCUCAGCUGCAGCAAUUACUGCAUGCAAGUGCUGGCAUCUCCCACGAGAGAAGAGCUGGUCAAAGCGCACAAUCGCCGCUUCUGGCUGCACAUCGGCGUGCCCAAUCUUCGCAACCUCUUUCACAUUGGGAAGGAUCGCAGGAACCUGUUCCUUCUCCUGGCCGUCAGCUCGGUCCCGCUGCAUCUUUUGUUCAACUCUGUUGUGUUUGCCAACAUUCAAGCCAACGAAUAUCAAGUAAUACCCGCGACGCCCGACUUCCUGGAUGGCGGAAACUACUCGACGGCCGGGCUCGUGCCGGACUACGUCUGGACCAAAAACUCGACAGGCCACAUCGUUCCAGCUGACGUUAAGAAUUACACGCUAGCUCUCGUUGCGAACGCGACAACACUCAGAGACAGCAUCCAACAGGGCAAGAUGCGCUACGAAAACAUGACGGCCGAUGCGUGUAGCACCAACUACACGCAGCAGUUCAUCGCCCACUACGGCAACGUGCUCGUCGUCCAGGACGAAAUCCAGUUCGACGGCUUCGUUCGCGGCGCCAACGACACGAAGUACUACGCCAACUUCGGCUGUGUCGUCGAUGGAAUCCCCAACUCAGCGAACGAAGCCGACUGCCUGACCAGCAUCCCCUUCCACUCAGUGCCGGAGGUUUUCCCAGCGUGGGACUGGCAGUGCCCGCCGCCAUGGCAGGACAACUGCACCAAGGUCGACUACGACGUGCUGACCAGCCAGCCCGAGUGGGCGCCGUACGGGUCACCAGUCAAGUACUGCCUGGCCGAGGUGGUCGAGGAGCACUGCCGGCUGCAGUUCAGCUUCGCCAUCGCGGGCGCCGUCAUCGCGUGCAACGUCAUCAAAGCCGUGUGCAUGGGCUACAUCGUGUGGAAGUACCGGCAGGCCUUCCUGGCCACCAUCGGCGACGCCCUCGCCUCGUUCCUCGACGACCCGGACCCGGAGACCAAGGGCCGCUGCCUGUACUCGCGCGACACGUUCAAGAAGGAGUGGGAGUGGAUGCGCCACAACGACAUGCGCGACCCCAAGGCCGUUGCCGUCGAACCCGAGCGCCACUCCUCGCGGCGGCCCUUCUGGGGCGGCGCCGUCAGCAAGAUGCGCUGGUUCGCCACCUACUUCAUGUACUCGAUCGCCCUCAUAAUCGGCGCCGUCAGCAUCAAAAAGACGCUGGCCGGCAUGCCCACCGACGUCGCUGCCCUGUGGCGCACCGGCUUCGGCGACCUCCUAGGCAACAACCUGAUCUCAGGCUCGGGCGGCAACAGCGUGCUCGCCAGCGUCCUCCUCGCCAACCUCCCGCAAGCCCUCCUCUCCUACCUCUACCUCUGCUUCAACGCCCUCUACACAUGCAUGCUCCUCACCCGCGAAUGGACGCAGUACCUCCAUUCCCGCAAACCGCUGCGCGUCACCGCCCCCGUCGGCCGCCAGCGCAGCACCUACUGGCUGCACCUGCCCUACCGCUACUCCGUCCCUCUCCUCGUCGCCAGCGGCCUCCUCCACUGGCUCGCCAGCCAGUCCCUCUUCCUCGUCCAGGUCACCGUCACCGCCGAGCACGACCGCGACCCUGCACGCGCCCGCCAGAUCUCGACGUGCGGCUACUCGCCCGUCGCCAUCAUCCUCACCACCGCUCUCGGCAGCCUGAUCGUGCUUGGCGGGUUGGGCCUCGCCAUGCGCAGGUAUCCCGCCGGCAUGCCGCUCGCGAGUAGUUGUAGCGCCGUCAUCAGCGCUGCCUGCCACCCGCCCGAGGGCGAUGUCGAUGCUGCCGUCUUGCCGGUGCAGUGGGGCGUCGUCGUCGAGCCCGGAUGGAGGCCUGAGGAUGUGGGGCAUUGCUCGUUUACGAGUUUCGAGGUGAAGGAGAUGGUGAGGGGGAGGAGGUACGCGUGA